CAUCUCUCUACUCGCUUUUAUAUAUCAUCGUCACUCUACUACUCGACAUCUUACCUGGACAUGCCGCUCCUUUCCAAUGUGCCAGCCCUUCGAUUGACGCUUGCUUACGCCCUUCAUGACCCUUCGUGCCUCUUGCCACACAGAACCAUCCCAACUCUACUCUCACUUCCACUGCCGGUCGGUCCUUGCCUCCCAACGAACCCCACGAUUCGGGCUAUCGUCUUAGACAAAGACAAUACUAUUUGUCCACCCGAGACAGCUAAGCUACAUUCAUCAUUCGUCAAUAAGAUUGAGAAGAUCAAACAGUCGUCAGAGUUCUCCCACAACGCCCACAGCAUAUUGAUAGUAUCGAAUACAGCAGGCAGUUCUGCAACUCCAGAGCACGAAGCAGAAGCCAAGCUGCUCGAAGCCGAGCUUGGUCUUCCUGUCCUGAGACAGCAUCCAGACCGUAGGAAGCCUCUCUGCGGACCGGACAUACUUGAGUACUUCAAACAACAUGGUGUCACAGACAACCCAAGGGAGAUAGUUGUAGUGGGAGACCGACUUGCUACCGAUGUUCUUGUGGCUCACCAGAUGGGCAGCUGGAGUGUUUGGUGCAGGAACGGCUGGAGAAAUCCCGAGAUACCCGGAAGGGACUACAGAGGCUUCUUAAGCAAGAUGGAAAAUCGAUUCGAGCGAAUCAUGAGGGGUGGUCUCCAGAAAACUGCACCUCUACCAAGGACGACGUUACCUAUGAAAGAGCCUUGAAGUCGCUGAAACGGCACACACAAAGUUCAGUAUUGACACCAGCUUCCAUGAGCACCAUACCAAUAUCCCGGGGAUUUGAGACCGCAGUACAUGCUCCUGGCACGCCUGCACGCCAUGCCCGGUUCUUGUGAAUUUGCCAUCAGC